ACUAUCCGGUCCCAUAAUCCCCUGCUUCGCACCCACCUUCGCUGUCCAUAACCCGCUUGACUACGAUUGGCCGGCCCGACCCGGUCUUCUGCCAGCUCUACUGAAAGAUACAACCCGGGCAUGCCACACCAGAUCGUAGCCCAAGAAAAAAAACUAAAUCCAGAAAGAGGUUACAGUUUUGGUGGAGGUGUGAUUCCAGCAAUGGAUCGUCAUGCUAUAACCAUUACUACUACUUUUCUUCCCUCAUUAUUGCCACCUCAUUCUCUCCCCAACUGCAUUUUCUAAUCCUUCUUCAAAUUCCCAUCGCAAUCUUCCUCAAUCCAAACCUCUUCCAAUCGUUUCAUUUCGCUGCUUGAAAUUCAGUUUUGACUUUUUAUGACCAAUUUGUGAUCCUGUUGAAGUUCUGAUUACAGUUACUAAAGCUUUUCUGUUGUUUAAGAGAUGCAUCUUUCUUAGAUUGCUGUGGAAUGUACUAAAGAUUGCCAGAAAAGCAUCUUCUCAUACACAGGAGGGGCGUGUUUCUUUUUAUUCCCAUAAAUGAAUGGACAAAAUACAAUAGUUUGAACCUUUUUUUUUUUCUGAAAUAGUGCAGCCCAAACUUGUAUAUCUCAUUGUUAUUAAUGCUACUGUCUUUUUAAAGCAUGAGAAGGAGAAACAUGGAGUAGGUUGUGUUCGGUGUGUAGUGCCCGAUACUCACGUAGGAGAGGAUGUGACUGUGAUGUAGCUAGUGAGAUACUGAGAUGGGACUAGUUUACUGGAUAAUGUUUUGAUGACAUUCUGUGCACUUUGCUGCUUUAUUUUGGUAUAUUUGCAUGGGAAGCUUGAUGUACCUUCCUGACAAUAACGAGGACGAGAUGGCUAGGAAAGUUGUUAUGCAUAAGAGAUAUGAUGGUGGUUUUGAAGCUCCACGAAACAGUAUGGAACUGCCAGUUGAGUCAUCCUAUGGAUUAUAUGCUGCAAGAGAUAAUAUAUUGUAUGCUCAUCACAUGACAAAGGAAUCAUCUGGCGAGGACUACUACUCCACUGAGGCACCAAUGAAGAAGUUAAUAUGUGAAGAGAUUUCUAAAAGACCUGAUUUAAGAUCAAAAUCACCAAGUGUAGUGGCUCGCCUCAUGGGAGUUGAUGUGUUACCUUUUGAUUCAAAACCUGGGGUGCAACUGACUGAUAUAAGAAAUGGAAGUCCAGUGGACAAGUUUAUGGACGAGAAUCGAUCUAAGAAGGGCUCAGUUGGUCAUAUAGUCUCUAUCCCCAAUUGCUACCAGCAGAUAGAAGUUGAUCACACAGGUCGUUAUAUAGAUGGCUAUCCUUAUCAGUCCAGCAGCAGGUUGAAGUCGAAUAGACCUAAACCCAGGGAACAUCCUCAAGAAGAGGAGCUACAGAAGUUCAAGCAGGACUUUGAAGUAUGGCAAGCAGCACGAUUUAACAAAUGUUCUAAUUUUGUAAAAUUUGACAGUCCUCCACCCGAGAUGCUUGCACAAGAAGAACUCAGUAGAGAGAAGAUGUAUCUUUAUGCUACUUCUUGUAGAACUAACAAGUGUGAGAACCUAAGGGAAGAUGAUGAUCUAUCAGAACUAAAUGAUUCUUGCAACAUGCUUGACCUUGAGAGGGUUGCAAAGAAAAAUUCACGCUAUUCAGAUGGGGGAAAGGAAUCUUUACAUCCAAAUAGAGGGAUAAGAACAGACUUUAGGGCCUCUCAACUCAUGAGUUCUGGUCAUUUGCUAAAUAUUGUUUCAGCUCCUUCCAAGAUUGUGGUUUUAAGGCCUGGUCCUGAUAUGACAAGUAUCAGUGAUAAUUCUUGGGGCAAUACUCCCAGCACUUCAGCAGGGGCAGAUACUAUAGAAGAUUUUCUUGCAGAUGUGAAGGAAAGACUAGAGUCUGAGUUGCAAGGUAAAUGUUCUAAGAGGAGCACAACUGUGAGAGGACGAGGGAUUGAGACCCCUUAUAGGGAAAAACCAUCAAAAUCAAGAGAAAUAGCUCAGUGUAUCGCACAAGAGGUGAGAAAUAGUGUAUCAAGGGAUCUUGGGAUGAAUUUACCUCGUUCUCAGUCUACAAGAUCGUACAGAAGUGGAAUUCAGAACGAGACAGGUUCUCCUGAGUUCAUCAACAGAGAUACGAGGAAAUUCUUAGCAGAGAGGUUGAGUAAUGUUCUUAAAGGAGAAAGACAUCGUCAAGCUGUCCGUAAUAGUUCAACGUUUUCCAGGUCAGAUUUUGAGAAGGGUAAACCCGGACAGUUAAGGAGUACAUGGACUGACAAUAAAAUGCGCUAUCAUGAUAGUUUCACAAAUGAAUUACAAAAGCGCAGCUGCUCUUUCAGAGAGGAGCCUGAUGAAGUUGGGAUGCCCCACCAGGAAGACAUGUCUCCGAGGAACCUUGUGAGAUCUUUAUCAACUCCAGUCUCGGUAUCAGGAAGAUCAUUUGGAAAUCUCCUUCUGGAGGAUCGCCAUGUACUAACUGGGACACAAAUUAGGAGGAAGCAUGAAGCAACUGAGAAGGUCUCCAUGAACAUUAAAAAACAGAAAAAUGAUAAAUUUAACAUAAGGGAAAAGGUUUUGAGCUUUCGAUACAACUUGACGCUAAGAGUGAGACUGUUCCGUAGGAGAGUGAAGUCUAUGGAGAGAUCCGGUCAAAACAAAAACAACCUCUUCAACAAUAUUCCAAAUGGACCAAUAUCCAUGAUGAGUUUCUCUGACACACAUGGGAAUUCUACUGAAGUGCCACCCAGCCCCGCAUCCGUGUGCAGUAGUGUUCAUGAUGAGUUUUGGAGGUCAAAUGACUACCUAAGUCCUAUAUCAUCAUCAGGUGGACAUCAACUGGAGGACAGCGACGUGUCCAAUGUUUUCAGAGAAAUAAACUCAAACUUGACGGAGCUGCGGAGGAAAUUAGAUCAAUUUGAAGGAGCUUGUCUAGAGGAAACUAUACAUGAACCACAUCCUGCAGAAGUUGAAACAGAUAUAGAGGACCAAUCUGAAGCCUACGUUAGAGAUUUGUUGAUUGUUGCUGGUCUGUAUGAUGAUUCAUUUAGUCGAUCGCUGUCAAAAUGGACACCACUUGGUAAGCCUAUCACCUCCCAGGUCUUCGAGGAAGUUGAAGAGAUGUAUAAAGAAAGCACCAAGGUUAAAGAUCAGACAGAAAAAACAAAUCACAAGAUGAUAGUUGAUUUGUUGAAUGAAGUGCUUCCUGCCAUACUUAGAGAACCGGUGAACAUAUCUAGAUACAUGGAGAAGGCUAAUGGGAUCGCGCACAAGUCUCCAAAUGGAAGAAUGUUGCUAUCUCUCGUAUGGAAUAGUAUUCGAGUGUAUGUACAUCCUCCAGCAGACAGAUGUUAUUAUGCUCUUGAUAACUUGUUGGCCCUAGAUCUGAAAUCUACCCCGUGGUCUAGAUUGAUCGAUGACGAUGUAAAUACUCUGAGUCGAGACAUCGAAUGCCUGAUCAUUGGGGAUAUGAUUGAGGAAAUGGAGAAGGAUAUGCACUCACAACUUGGAGUAUAGAUUCUAAUGAUGUAUGUUAAUCAGAAGGCAUAUAGAUUGUUGAUAGGGAGAAUAUUGUCUGGCCAACUUGCUCUUUUUUUCGUUUAUCAGAUACUUCGAUUUUGUAUCAUAAUCUUAUACUAAUGUUGAGGUGAUAUCAGGAGGAAUUUCAUAGAGCUA